CAGCUUCAGUUCAAUUCCGAACCCUUGUGCUGAGUUCAUCUCCGAGUACUAGAGACAUCUUCCGCAGAUCAUCGAGCAAUUUCGAGAAAACAAAUAACGACUGGCAAUCAAUGCCUCCCUGUCUAAAGUGCUAACAAAUCCCCUAUCCAAUUGGCUUUACUUAGUCAAAAAAACAAAAAUUAAACCAAAAAACAUUCUGGGACAUAUUUCGAUCAGUGUGAAAUAUCCCCAAUAAACCCAUUUGUUGCGGACUUUGAGUUUGGCCUUUGAAUGCUGCUGCUGCUGAACGGAAAAACCAUCAACCUCGAUCAGCAUUUCAUAGAGUGCUGGAAACUAAGCUUAUUAAGAAACUUUGACUUGUUCUCCCUCCUGAGUGCUAUUUCCCUAACCGCUACUAAGAUGGCCGCCAUUCCCCAAGGUGCAUUCGCUGCCUGCAAGAUCCGCGAGCAAUUCAACGAACGCGAGAUGAUCGUCGCUCGUCUGAGGUCCGCUGCCUCCGAUAAGGGUUCCGUUGACAACGGCAACUCGCUAACCCAACACGAGUACUCCCCGAACAAGUACAACGACAAGCUAAUGAACUCCAUCUGGGGCCUGUACAAUCGCUAUUCACCCCAUAAUGUGAAGAAGAACGAGUACGCCCCCACCAAGUGAGGACCUAAAGGGGGGCACUCCGGCUUCCUCAAGGUCCAGCUGUAGUGCCCCCCCCACCCCUGCCUUCAUCCCCACCCAGGAUGUUGGCCCCAUUCACCUAUUUACUCAAAAAACUAUAA